AUGUUACUGGAAGAGGCGCCCAUUGCUGUGGACUCCUUCGACCACCCGGAUCCAGGUCUGAUCUUUUUCUGCAGCCAUGCACAUGAGGAUCACCUCAAAGGCCUGCACAACUCUUGGAGGAGAGGCCCGCUCUUCACAUCGCCGGUGACCGCGCAACUUCUGCGUUUGAAGUGGCCGUCCUUGAAUUGCGUAGCAUUGGAGAUCGGGCAGGUGCAUCGCAUUGCGGAAGGCUUGGAGGUGGAGGUGUCGUUAAUUGAUGCGAACCACAUUCCUGGCUCGGUGAUGUUCCUGUUCUCCGGGUACUUCGGCACCUUGCUGUACACCGGGGACUUCCGGCUGAGCGCGAGCCACGCCAGCUUGGCCUCGGAGCCGCUGCUGCGCCGCCUCACGCGGAUCUUCCUGGACAACACCUUCUGCCACCCCCGGUUUCGGCAGGCGGAGCGCCGCGAGGUGCAGGAGUCCAUCGCGCGGCUGCUGAUCUCCAAGUGGCCCUGCGUGGCUUUCGUGGCCGUGUACCGGCUCGGCAAGGAGCCGCUGCUGGCGCACCUGGCUCAGCGCCUCAAGACCAAGGUGUUGGUCACCAAGGAGCGCGCAGCUUGGCUCACCGCCGCCAACAUCCCCAGCGAGCACUUUCAGGUGCAGCCCUGUGAGCCGCACAAAGCCAGCACCGAUCAGCUGAGUCAAUACAGCAUGAGGGGCUGUAUUUGGACCGUCUCCCGCAAGGGUCUCCGGAAGAGCUUGUGGCACGCCAGCGCCUGUGGCAUCGCGGCGCACGGCAUCCUGCCCACGGGCUGGGCGGAGCAGACUCGGGGCCCCUUCGUGCCGGGCGAGAGUGAGGCGAGCGAGGCGAGCGAGGCGAAGUCGAAUGGAAGCGGCCAUGGCCACCAUGGCCUGGUUUCAGUGAGCGAUGACGGCGUGUGCCACUUCGCGUACUCGGACCACUGCUCCUUCCUGGAGUUGGUGCAGUUCCUGUCGUUUCUGCCACGGGCGCCGGUGACCUUCAUCAGCCCCGUGCCCGACCAGGACGCGCCCUUCAGCUACGAAGGCCGGCCUGGCCUCAAAGAGCUGCAGCACCAAGCCGAAGUGCCCUCGAUCCGAUACCUCUUUCAGCAAAAGGCGGAGACGCAGGAGCUGCAGCGGCCGCAGAAGCGCCCUCUCAGCUUGACUGCCACCUCGUGA